AUAAUUUUUAAAUUUCUGUAAUAUCUUCACUUUACUGUCGAGUCGCCACAAUGCAAACUGAAAUCUUCUUAAUUGCAUUAUUAAGUGCAGCAACAAUUAGUGCGCUGAGUCUUGAGGGUUACAAAUGUAGCGACAACGUUAUAUUGACUGGCGAUCUUAUGACGCCAAUACGUACGGUACGUAUCUGUGGUGUGCCGGACUAUGCGGCGCCGCCAAGCUAUCUUAGCUAUCAAACUUCAACAGGAACUGAGAAAACAGCGUAUCCUUUGAUGACCCUAGACGGUUUUUUCAAUAGUAUAAAUUCGGCCAACCCAUCGUUGUCUUCAGCUUCUGUUCCACCUCAGUUAACCUCGAACGAACUGCAGCAACUGUCUGCAGUGAUUUUCCAAGCGGUGCCAAUAUUAACGCGAUUUUAUGAAGCACCAAAACAUCCUUCAAGCGGCGACAUAGAUCUCAACUCAAGUGAUUUAAAAGAAAAGUAUCAAGUCGUCGAACAAAAAUUAAGUUCAAUUGCUGAGGACGCUUCACAGACGAAGCGCUCGUACGAGGAAGCCGCCGCGUCUGUGAAGAAUAUAUUUGAUGCUUUGAUGAAUACGAAAGCGCAGAGAGACAUUGAUGUCAACGUGCAUUUUGAACCCUCCUUUGAAGCUUUGUUAAAAAGGUUGCUUCAAGUAGUUACAGUAGAUAUGACUACAGAAAAACCUGUUGAUGUUCAAACACCCAAACCCAUAUCAGUUUCUAAUGAAAGUAAUUCCGAUGAAAAUGAUAGCGAAGAGCAUGAAAAUACUGAGGAGACUACGGAGGAUUACAAUAGUUGGAUUCGUUUGCAUUUCGGACCAGUUACAACGCCAACGACGCCAACGACGCUUGAGGAAGCUACCGAAGAUUAUUCUGACGAGAGCUUUUACUCAACAGGUGAUGAAAGUUCGGAAGAGCACUCAUUAAUUGCACAGCAGUUAAGCUGAAAUUUAUUUCAACUGUGAUAUUAAAGAAAAUUGACAUUUGCACAAACAAAUUAAACUUAAGUACAUAUAUUAUAACUUAGAUAUGUAUAACCUAAAAAAAUAAAACAUCCGAAAAAUGCAUAAGUUCCUCUCGCGAAAGCGCCAUCCAAAGCAUAAAAUUAAGUUUCACACGAGGCUCAAAAAUUUAUCACAAUAUAAUCUAAUGCUACGUAAGGAUACAAAAAUAUUUUCAUUUAGUAAUA